AAACAGUUCACUGGUUCGAUGGCCCAGAGACUCUCUCGUUCGGGAAACUACAUGUGCCGCUGAGGGAGGAUCCUUCCUUCGUCGGUGAUCUCAAACUCUAAGCCAUGAAUCGUCGUAGUCGCGGCUCUUCUUCUUCUUCUGGAUCCGUCGGCGGAGCUAGUGAUUCGUAUCGGAGAAGAUCCGAUGUACCACGCAACCGAAGCAAUGACAAUAAUAAGGGUGGAGAUUCUGCUGACGUGUCCUUCAUCGUCGGAACUUGCUCAUCUAUGUGUCCUGAGCGGGAAAGAGUCACAAGAGAACGCUUGCGUGAUCUCUCAGUGUUUGAGAGGCUUCAUGGAAACCCCACUGAAUCAUCCUCAGAUCUAGCUGUCAAAAAGUUUUGCAGAACCCUUUCAGCAGCGGAUGUUCAGGCAUCUGAUGUAAGGCCGCUCCCGGUUCUAGAAGAAACUCUGAGAUACCUUCUAAGCUUGAUGGACUCAAGGGAGCACCCCUUUGAAGUGGUUCAUGAUUUUAUUUUCGACAGGACAAGGUCUAUUAGACAAGAUCUCAGCAUCCAGAAUCUAGCCAACGAGAGAGUCAUCCACCUGUACGAGGAAAUCGUUAAAUUCCAUGUCAUAUCUCGCCAGAGGCUUCAGAGUUGUAGUGGUGCAAGUAUUAGCUCAAUGCAUCACUUGAACAUGGAGCAGCUAGCAAAAACUCUCACCACUUUGUAUAAUAUCUAUGAUGUAAAUAGGAAACCAGAUUACAUCUACGAAAAUGAAGCGGAGUUCCGUUCACUCUAUGUGCUGCUUCACCUCAAUACCAGUAGUGGAGUGAUGGGGGAGCCACUGUCUUUAUGGUUUCGCAAGCUGACUUCUAAUUUAAUAAAAUCCAAGGAAAUGUGUUUUGUUCGAAAACUUUUACGAUCAUAUCGGAAUGGUAACUACAGGAGUUUCCUAAGAACAACGGCUUCUGAAGCGACAUACUUGCAGUAUUGCAUAAGUGAGCCCCAUAUUAGAGAGAUGCGAUCGUUCGCUGUGGAAUGCAUAAACAAUGUAUGCUACAAGCUUCAACCCUAUCCUCUCUUGCGGCUAUCCCAGAACCUGAUGAUGAAGGAGAUGGAUGUUGAAUCUUUAUGCCAUGAGUGUGGUCUUGAGAUACGUACUGAUUCCGAUGGGAGCAUUGUGUUGCCAACGAAGCAGACAAACUUCUGCAGUCCAAAGGAAGGUUUUAAAAACUAUGAUUUGAUUGGGAUUGAAGUUGAGAGGUUGUUGUGUGAAGACACAUAAGACAUAAGAAUUCGAUUGUAUCCUUCACUUGUGUCAAUCUUAACUGUAAUCUUUUGAUCUCUUAACCCUAAAAUAUAUACAUUCAUGCCUAUUCAUGUCUCAUGUUUGAACAGGGAGAGCAACGACAUGCUGAGCAAAAAGAAAUUCACUGAGAUC